AUGGCUUCGCCGGUGGUCAUCGACUUGGGCAGCGGCAGCUGCAAAGCGGGCGAAGCCGCGGGCUCCGCACCGCAGCUGGUGGUGCCUUCGCGCGUGGGGCGAGCGAAGUAUGGCCAGGGCGCCAUGAUUGGAGCUCAUCCGCGAGAGACCUGGGUGGGUCAUGAGAUUGAAGGAAAAGAAGCCAUCCUAAUUCAGAAGGAGCCCAUCCAUCGUGGUGUGGUGGUGAAUUGGGACGAUUUGGAGCACAUCUUCCGGCACAUCUUCUUCAAUCUCCACGUGGACCCGGCAGAGCAUCCGGUGCUGUUGACGGAACCAGCUCUGAAUCCCAAAGCAAAUCGCGAGAAACUCAUCCACAGCAUGUUUGAGACCUUCGGUGUGAAGCGCUGCUCUCUUUUCCUGCAACCCGUGCUGGCGCUGUACUCCUCAGGGAGGACAACAGGCGUCAUCCUCGACUGCGGGGACACGGUGACCUGCACGGUUCCCAUCUACGACGGUUUUCUGAUCGAAAGUGGGGUGCAGCAGCUGGAUCUGGGGGGGCGCGAGAUCACCUGCUACAUCUUGAAAGGCUUGCAAGGGCGCAACGACGACUGCAGGUUGUCCACAAGAAUGGGCUUCAAAAUUGCCGAAAACGUCAAAGAAAGUCUGGGCUUCGUUCAAUGCGACGAAGUCGAGGAGGGUGAGGUUAGCUUUGAGCUCCCAUCCCUCGAGUCCGAGUCGACGCAGAAGGCCGCUCCGCUGAGGGUGGGCGCGGAGCGGCAUCUGGGGCCGGAGGCCUUGUUCCAACCGGAGCUCCAAGGGAAGGAACAAGGUGGCGUGGUCGAGAUGGUGUGGCAAUCUGUGAUGAUGGCAGAUGCAGAUAUCCAGGAUGAGCUUUUGCUUUGGAUAGAUGAAAAAGACUACGAUGAAUUCGGUCCCACCCUGGUACAUGAGCGGCAGCGUUUCAGCGUCACCGUGGAGCUGGUGUCGCCGGAGCCCGGCUCCUCACAGGCUCAGGGCAUCAGUCUUCAAGGCGUGGGAACCUUGGACCUUCCUCCAGGCUUGGAACGGGAAUAUCGCUUCAGCGUCUAUGCGUAUCACGAAGGAAGCGCCUUGGUGCGGGUCCACCUCACCAGCCAGGAGACAGGCGAAUUCUUGAACAUCGAAGUGAAAUUUGAUUUCUUCGCCGCCGAAUCUCUGGCCACCAUCAAACUGGAUGCGGCGUGUCGACAAGUGGUGCGGCACAAGAUUGCGGUGGCCAACCCCUUGAUGCAGCCUGCCAGGUGUGGACAUGGCGGCAUGACUAGGACGGCAUAG